AUGUCGUGGGUGACAGCAGUACCGCGUUGUGACGAUGUGUUUGAUGAAGAUCUGGAUGAACUCAGCGUUCAAAACAAAGAGUGGACAUGCAACAUGGAAAGGCGAACUAAGGAUGGUUUCAGGGAUGGGAUUGAUGCAGGCAAAGAGGCUUCCCUUCAGCAGGGCUUCAACUUGGGUUACAGAGAAGGAGCUGCUAAAAUGAAGGCUAUUGGUCAGUUCAAAGGAAUCAUAAGUGCUGUGCGGUGUUGGUGUCAGUCACAGCCAUCGAUGAGAUCAGAUCCCAUUACACAACUGCUUCAAAAAGUGGAGAAACAUGAAGAAAGCUUAUUUGAGGCCAUGCGUAAAGCUCAGGAGAUGCCUCCUCCCGGUGUUUCGGAGCUUGUUGGUGAUAUGGAUGACUUGGCUGUAGAUCAGAGUUAUUGUGGAGGCUCCGACUACUCCAGAAUCGAUCAAGAUGGAGAAAGUUGCAGGAAAGGUCAUAAUGACUGCUGUAUACAUGACAAGGACAUCAGUGCGAAUUAUGCUGGAAUUCAUACCAAGAGUUUGUUUAUAAAGGGAGAGAGUAUGGAGCAGUUAUUUCACAAGUUUAUGGAACUUGUGACUGAAAUGGGACUGCCUGAAGAGCUGAAACUACAUAUUCAACAAUUCAGACACUUGUGUAUUUGA